AUGGCCAGCAGGAAACUCAGCUUCGGCAUCAGCAUGCCCACAGAUGAAGGCGCCGAGGGAGCGGAUCAAGUCACGGCCAGCCACGACCGCGUGGGAGGGGAAGUCGCGACUGGAAACCGCCUGCCCAACAAUGACAAUGCACAUCGCGACCUUGCGACCCCGGAGCGACCUUGGGAUCCCGUCGCUGACCCAUUCUUUUCUGCUACAUCUUAUCCGCCCACUGUAUCGCACUACUUCACCGAUGGCGCUCAAGACACAGACGCUGAUCAUGUGAUGCAAGACACCAUGGCUACACCAAACCAGCCACCGGCUCACUUUCCCCUUGGACAGCUUGAUUACGGCGAGCCAUUCCUCACGUUGACCGAGGCAGAGAAAGGGGCUAUGGCGACAAUCCUUGAGCCAGUGCGCGAUAAGCUUGUGGCGCUGAAGCGGACGACGGAGGAGAGCUUGCCGCCGUAUCAUCCGAGCACGAGAGCGAAUCCACACGCGCAAGUGUUGGGGACGCGUCUGGACGGCAUCGCCAAGCACGCGCAGCAGCACCUGGCGCGGGUCGCCGAAUCUGGACGGGGAAUGGAGGAGUUGCGGCUAUGGUAUGUUCCUCCAGUAUCCAUUAAUGAAACAGCCUUCUUCUUUACAUGCUCUUGCCUAACGUACGGACCAGUCGCUACAACCCAUCUGGACAUCUUUCGCAUCUACCGCAACAGGCUCGCUCGUCAAGUACCCCCGGCGCAGAUUGAAGCGGAGCAGGCUCAGCACGAAAGUUGGGUACAAGACGUAGCAUCUCGAAGGCGUGAAACCUUUGGGGAAGCCGCAGCUCGCUUGGCCGGACGCCUACAGUCGGAGCUCAACGACUCAAUAGUAGUAAGCAUGCUCGAAGAAGAGGAACGACAGAAGCAAGUGGAGAAUGAUGGACAGGUAGCAAGAAUGCUCGCAGAACAGCUUGAUGCUGAACGGAGUUACGCAAGCAACAGAGACAGACACAUUGAGAAGGUUGAUGAGCCUGCUUGUAGCCCUGAUUACAGUAUGGAGGAUGACUGCCGAGGUGCCCUCUGGAGCCUUGAUGCUGACGAUGAAGAAGCUGAGGUCCUCCCAAUUGACGGACCCUUACUCAGUCAGGCUGAAGACAACCGAACAGGACACGGCGCAGAUCACGCCGAAGCCCUGCGCAAACUUCAUCGCGAAGUUGAAGACAAAUUUGCCGUCGAUCAUAAAUACCACGAAUCUUUCACCUGGCCGUUGGACGACGAUCGAGCGCGACAGCUUGCCCAAGAUGCCAAGAUAGCUCGUAUGCUCCAAACCAAGCUCGAUGCCGAAAGCCAAAACAUACCGGCCCUCCUCCCUCUCGAUGAUACCAAUCACAUUUCCCGGCCUCGUCUAGAUGAUUGGAUUCUUACACGGGACUUUGCCCAGCAAGAGGCACUCGAUGGACCGCAAUGCAAACCUCACACCCGCUACCGAACUGCUAGAGAAAAGUCUACACAAGGCAACCCAUGUGGCGCUGAUCCUCAAGCUGCUAUACAACCUCGCGCACCUGCCGCACACAGUCGUUCAACUCACGAACGCCGCACCAGUGCUAUCGAAGAAGAAACAGAGGACGAAGAUGACGGUGUUUAG